UUUCUCGCGAAUAGCAUUCAUCAUAAUGGAGGACCUUCAUUCUGCGGACUGUUUAAAAUACAACUGGGUUGUGUGGUUUUUCUGUGGAAUGAAUUUCCCGAAGACCAAGCGAUUCGCCUACUUCCUGUACUCCUUCACAUAUUGCUUUUUCAUCACAUUUGGCUACUCCUUGACGUUGACUCUCGGGAUUUUCUUCAUAGAAGACAUUGAAGCGUUAAUCGGGAACUUGGCGAUCACCAGCAAAAGUUUAACUUGCACCUCAAAAUGGAUCUCUGUAUUCUGGCAAACGAACACCCUAAAGAGGAUCGAAAGAACCAUGGAUGAACUGGACACUUUUGCAACGACUCCUGUUCAGAAGACGCGCCUAAAGGAGACUCUCAACGAGGCUCAUGUGAUGUUCAAGUUUUACUCAUUUGUUUCUACACUAGUUUGGCUUUCUUGCGGUUCAACGAUGGUGUAUCAGCUGACCAGGGGAAAUGUCCUUUAUCCUGGCUGGUACCUAAUCGAUUGGGAGAGUUCGAGAAUGGGGCUUUUUGUGGUGUUUUUUUAUCAGCUUAUAGGUGUUGGCUUGGAGAUCCUUGCGAAUACCACGAAUGAUUCGUAUCCAGCAAUGCUGUUCAUUGCUCUCCAGGGCCAUUAUCGUAUUUUGGAGGCUGCUUUGAUGGAUUUCAAACCAGGAACGCCAAAAAAUCACCGGGAGAACUACGCCGCGCUGAUAAAAUGCAUUGUGUAUCAUAAGAAAAUUGAAAGGGUAUUUGCAAGUGUAGUAAGCCACAUAUCCAUUCCUAUGUUCGUACAAUAUCUUUCGACUGGCAUAAAUUUGUGCCUUAUUGCGGUCUCCGUGGUAUUUUUCGAAGUGGAUGCUACGCACAAGGCAUACUCUGCUAUCUACGCUUGGGCGGUAACGCUGGAGAUGUUUGGUCCUUGCUACUUCGGCGAGGAACUGAUAGGUGAAAGCGAUCGUCUAAUAACUCACUUAUUCUCAUGCAAUUGGGUGGACCAGGAUCCCAAGUUUAAAAGGGCUCUGAUUAUAUUCAUGCAAAACUCGCAAGCGCCAAAAAUUGCAAAGGUUGGAAAUUUGGUGGACAUAUCCUUGGCGACGUUUGUAUCGGUGAUGAAGUUUUCGUAUUCGCUUUUCGCUCUCCUGAAUACAAUGCAAAACUGAAUACUGGAUUAUGUAAAACUUUCUGGCAAAGUUUAUUGGCACCAUUUCUACGUAGGAGGGGCACAAGUUUUA